UCGCGCAUUUGGCGCUUCUGAGCGAGUGAGAAUUUUCCCGCAAAAGUGCGCCAGAGCAGAGACGAACGAGACGCGGCUGCGGCGGGAUUAACAUCGCGGAGUAUAUCGAAGUAUAGUCUCGGUGGCCCGCCGCAGCGCCGCGCUUCACCGACCUUGAUGUUUUCAAGGCCAAGCGACGACGAGGUCGCGGAUCGCGCUGGUCGGUUUGAUCGUGGUGCAGUGCCCGAAAAAAAGAAAAAAGUGCAGUGAUUGUGUCGUGUUUCCUUUCGAGCUGUCAUUUCGCUCAUUGGCGCUCGAUAAUGUUCUUGCGAGCAAUACGAUAUAUGACGAUUUAUUGCUUCAUUGGGUUAUUAUUGUAGGUGCGACUUAUUGCGCGAUUGCUUAGCCAUUCAAUUUGGUAUUUCGAUUAAUAGUUUAUGCGUACGUUGAGCAAUUAACGAGCUACAUUGUGAGGUGUCAGCUCACUGGUCAAACUCAGAUCAUUCGCGAUCGCUUGAUAAGUUGGAUUUUCGGACGAAUAAGUCGAUCGUUAUAGCGCAAAGCAAGCUAUUCUCAAGUUUUAAGAUAACGACAUUCUAUAAUUAGAACGUCUUCAACUCGAAGGAAAAAGUAAUAUUUUCGGCACUAAAUAACACGCUCAGCGGAAGUCGCAAAUCCAUGCGAAUACCAUCGAUCAUUCAUUCCAUAAAUAACAGCAGCGUAGCACCGUCGACUAACCAAGCUAUGUCAAUAAAGAAGACAUAAAUUAUUGGCACUCGAGAACACCUGCAUUCACUGCAAUGCCGUGUCGCAUAAAAAAUCGAACGCAACGAGAUCAUCACUCUCAUCCCACGCCUCGACAUAACGCAUCCACAUUCGAUCCGACGUAAUCUGAUCAUUGACGCACCCUCAACAGCCUCGCAGCUUGCCGUCCUUCGAUGAACCUCAAAUGAAAGCGGCAACAACCCCGUGGCAGCUGCAGGUUCGAAAAUACGCGCUGAAGCUCGCGCGUGGAAGGGGAGAUAGAGAUGGAGAAUUAUAGCCGGUCACGCCGUGGCUCGAGCGCCGGCUCGUCCAGCCUCGAGGUGCGUUGCGCCUGCCAGUACUACAAGAGCGACUCGCUGCUGCCGGAGCGCAGCGCCUUGGCCGCCCAGCACAGGCAUCUACUACAUCACAACGUCAACAUGGUGCAAACACCACCGGCCGGUCGAAAAUCCAUGCCGGUUCGAUGCGGCGAGCACGAGUACGAGCCGAUAGGUCAGCCGGCGAUACGAGUGUCAGUGCGUGAGCGUACAAUGUCAAUGCGUCUGGUGGCGCCGGUGGUAAAAAUCACCGACACGGAUGUCAUACCCGUCGGUGACAGCGACGAUAGUAUCGACGACCGUUACCGCUUCCGAAGUCGCGCGCUCAUCCUCGACGGCGAUGUUAUUCUUCCACUCGAUGGCCGAAUCGAAGACAAUGUUAUGGAUGGCAAGAACCUGGGAGAUCAAACGAUGGACGAUGAGGUCGAAAGUCCACAGGACUUUCAGGAUCGAUUGGAGGAGAGAUUCCAGACUGCUGUUAUUCCGCCACUUACUGGCUCGAGAACUGAUGUGAAGAUUCAACCUAUACAGGUGAAUUCAUCAGAUUCACCCCAAAGAAAAGACACAGUCGGGCAGCGUUUGAAAAGUCAAGCAGGCAGGCUUCGCACGCGUUUCAAGAGCAUUCAAAAACCAACAUUUAUGAGACAACGUGCUGCGCGAUCGAAAUCAGCGGAAAAGUCACCAACAGUAACAGCAGCACCAGUAGAGAAACCACCAGCAUCACCGCGGAGUCAUCAGAAAGCCAGUAGAAUGGAAAGAUUUCGUAUGGCCUUACCCGAACGACCGAAAUUCUCGCUGCCCGACAAAUCGAAAUUUCAUUUGCCCGACAAGUCCAAGUUCCACAUUGAUACGGCCAAGUUUCACAUCAAGAAGCCAAAUAUAAAAAUGCCAAAGUCGUUGAGUAAGCCAAAGAGGAGUGCUUCUCAGAGAGAAACGAAGCCUCACGACGACACUCAUCCGUCCGAAACAGCGUCAACGAAAAGUGGACGUCGCAACAUCUUCGACUUCUCAACUCUACCCCGUCCAAAGAUCUUCGAUCGCAAAGCGAAAGCCAAAGACGAGUACGUAACCUCAUCGCCCAAAGAGUCACGCGCACAGUCGACCGAGUCAUCGACCUUCCCGCGAGCAAAAAAAGCAUCACAAUCAUUGAGUGCACGAUGGGCGGCAAGAUUCGGCGAAACGAUCAAAGGUUUUCAUCACGAAGAAUCAGCAGUUCCACCACUCGAAAGAAGCAAACCAUGGAGACAUCCGUCCUUAGAAAAGCCAAGAUUAUCACUCAAACCACAAGAAUCCAGUGAAGGAGAAGAAUUAAAAUUGCCAUGGGAGAGUAGUGAAAGGAGAUAUGACGCUGAAGAUGAAGCUGAAGAAGACAGAGAUAUGUCGUAUGGAGAUAGAUCGGAUAUCAAGGAAUUUGAACCACCGAAUCACAAGGAGGAACCGAUUAGAGAUCCACGACUGGAAGACGAGCAGCUAAUGCAGCAAUUUGGCACUGAGGAACGCAAAAAGAGAGUUACAUUAGUCGAGGAUACCGGUGAAUCUGCAGUUGACCUUGAGGUGGAAAAUGAGCAUCAAACGUAUCAUCCCAAAGAACUUGGCUCUUUCCCUCCGGUAGAUCCACGCGAAUUCCAAGAGUCCCCCAUACGUGCGCCAUCAGGUGGAUUAUCUGAGGAUGAAGAGUCGAUGCGUUCGGAUCGUGAAAUUCAACAAUCAAGUGGUAGUUCUUGUGAGAGAAGACGACAUGGCGUUAUCGAAGAAAUUGACUCGGAUGAGUUCUUCCUCAGGGAAAAGGGUAUCAGCCAAGAAAACAUGCGGUUUCAUAUUAUGAAUGAGAUAAGAGAUGCUUUGAGGCCUCGUGCGGACGACACACCACCAAUACCACCAAAGCGCACAAGAUCGAUGCGUAAACGCCAAGAAGAGUCAUUGGAAUCAUUCGACGUGUCGUUACCACCAGAAAAGCCAAAACGCGAGUUAUCAUUACGUCGAAGUCAAAUGUCACUCGAUCACACAAACAGUGUCUCAUCGUCACGGCACAGAAUCGUUUAUCAAACCGAUGGACCGUUCCAGCGCGACAAAGGUGACUUAUACGCCGAUGAACCUCUCGAUAACAUCGUGGUGGUAAAACCCGAACGACGAAAAUCUCGUACAUCACUGAGAAGUCAAAGUAUAAUCUUGCCGACGGAAGAGUCAAACAUCUUAUCUGUACCGAUGCAAUCCGAUCACGUGGGUAUCAAUGCUCAAGACAUUGAAGACAUGAUGGAACGACAACGAUGCGUUCAAACUCUCGACAUUUCAAGACCGUCGCCACCAGUAGUACCAACGAGGAGAAAGCGUUUACGAAGGGAUCAAUCAUCGAGUCUUAGUAUACGAACGAACGAAAGUGCAUUGUGCAACGGUUAUGGCGAUUUAGCUGGGUCACACGAACGUAUCCCACCACCAACACCGCCUCCAACUCCGCCACUCGAUGCAGGUAUAAGCGAGCGAGAGAUCGAAGAGAUGAUUCAAAGACAACUUCGAGUACAACACAUCGACGAGUUGGAUUACAUCUUACCACAACCACCUGUGCCACCGAAAAGAAUAAGAUCAAGAACUGCAUCGCUUGCGCCCGAAGACGAUCGAACAUCACACGGUGCAGAAUCGUUGCCAGGUGACUUUGGCUACGUAGAUGAAGAUAUACUAACGAUACCAAGAGAUUCAUCGUCGAGAGAACCAAGUUUGCCGGGCUACGCUGUGAUUGAGAAGAAGGAAAAACCACCUAGACCGCCACUACCAAAAAGGAAGAGAGGCAAGUUUGCUACUGCACCAAGGCCCUCGAAGAAUGGUCCGAAGAGACCGACCAGGACUUACAGUACUCUUAGGCCUGCCAAGUCUGAUACGUUGAGAAAAUCGACAGAAUCAAUGCCAUUCAUGGACGCUGACUUCGACGAGGCAGAAUUUCACAAAGACCUUCGCAGCGGUGACGUACUCAUAAAAAUACAAGGUCGACCGUUACCAGCACCACCACGACCACCACGUCGCAGGCGAGACUUUCCGCGAGAACCAACUCCGAUAAUACGAUGUAGUCUUCCGCGUGAGAUCACUCCUGACUUUUCGGAAACUGUGGCUUCUACACAGACCGAUCCAUUACCGGACGACCUCGUGAUCGAAGAAGAAAUUACCACGGCGAAAUUGGUUGUCACGCCAUCGAGAUCAGGUUCAUCACAGAUACUCAUCAGUACGGAAAGUGAAAGAGUACCAAGUCCGACGGGUGGUAGUUUCAAGAGUGUCACCAGUGGUACGCCACCAAUACCGCCACUGCCCGGCAGCAUGACUCCAAGGGAUGGUGACAGAACACGCGCUGCUGAAAAGGGUAUCAGCGACCGAAAAGAACCUCCCUCCGACGAUAGCAAGCGAGUGAUAGAUUUGUCACAAUUGGAAAUGUUACGCACGGCAUUGUUUUCAACAGACGAGCCUCUAAGGAUACCACACCUGGAAGUGGGCGAUUUGAAAGUCGACAGGUUAACAGUCUCACAACUUGAGGCUUACAAAGUCGCAGCUUCAGAGAUAGACGCGAUAGUCGUGUCGGCUACGGAAAUGACCGGUAAAACUGAGACUGAAAGCCUCCAUCCGUCGUUGUUGCAGGAACUUAUAGCUAUUAGAAAUCAACUACAGGCUGUAGUAGCAUCUCAACCACAAUCAAGACCGCAAAGUGCAAUGGAAGAUGCGAGUACUGCAACGAGCAACGAACGCAUUGAUCUUCCAUUUGAUAUAGACAGGAGAUCGACGACGGAGAGACGUAUAAUUACGAGGGAGAGUUCACCGCUACUAGUUGUAGCAUCACCGCCUGCGGAAUUAGAAGCUACUGGUGAUAAAGGUCGGACAUUAUUGCCACAUUCGAGUUCCACUAGUGAUCUCCCAUCCACGGGGUCGGAUAGUAUUACUGUCAGCGAGAACGUUGUGACUGUUAUUCCAGUGGAGCCAGUGGAGGCUCUUGAUGAAGUAACAAUAAUCAGCACAGAACUCUCAACUGAGGAGUCAACAACAGCAAUAACAAACUCCACCGAAUCACUCGUCGCGUUAACAACGUCAACAAAAAUGGCAACAGCAAGGUCAAGAUCACGCUCAGCAUCACCAACGCGAGUGCCGUCAGGAGCAGUACGCCAGACAGCCAGCCCGGUAAAGUCGUUACCACCGGUGAUAUCGGUGACGCCCGACGCCAUAACGUCACUACCAAUGAACAACAACACCGUAACCACCUCGGAGUCACUAAGACACGCACAAGAGUCGAACGGAGCGCAGCCACAACGUGCUGUUAUAUCGUACCGCGGCUCCGACGAGGACGACUUGCCUAAUUAUCAUCAUCGCCAAAACCCACCAUCACGCGAUACGUCAUCCCCAUCACCACCACCAUCACUACCACCUACAACGAAACAGUCACAACAGUUGCCUACGAAUACACAAUUCAUAGCAUUUUCCACAUCACAAAUCCCAUCGGAGUUCUUCAGCCUGGCGAGUAGUCCUCCUUCUCCUCCGAGAGCUAUCGGCAGUGAUCAGAUAGAACCAAGUAUCACCGAAAUGACCGGCCAGCUGUUCAGGGCACUCAGCCAGGCAGGAAGCCGUUCACUCAGGAAUUUUGUCGAUUCUGUAGUUUCUAGAUUCGCCGAUUCAACAGCUCACCCCCAUGAUGCAGCGACGUCUGCAGAGUCGCAGCAGGUCCACAUCCCCGACGAAAAAUUACGACGAGUAGAAUUGGCUGUCUGCGCACUUCUCAUUUUGAUUGCUGGACUUAUCGUCUUUAUUAUCUGCAUGCCCAGGACUGUCACGCAUCAUCAUCACUGGGACUACUUCAAUCCGCCUCAAUGAGGUCCAGAAUAAAUUUCGUACGUCGAUUGUAAGUAUUUUUCAUCGCGUUCGAACGACACUUCACCUUUUGUUCGAUCCUUUGAGUCAUUUAGUGUAAAGAAGACUUUAACUGUUUCCAUUUUUUCUCGAUGAGCACCGUUCAUUUUAGCAAACUAAAUUAUAUCAAUAUGUGCAUUGUACUCUAAAAGUGGAUAUAAAGUAAAGUAGUCGAGCAUAUGUCAUGCAUAAGCUCCCCGAACGAUACUAAAAUGUUUUCACCUCAAAGCAAUGUCCAUUUGUGCAUAUUAUCCUGACAAUCCCAUUAAAUAAUUGAUUUAGUUUAGUCAUAGCAUAAAUUUCACGCAUGCGACAAUCUAUGUGUAACUCGAAGGAUCGAAAAAAUCUACAAAGACGUAUUUCAUGAAAAUUUUAAAAUGACUACUAUGUGUCGAUGCGUUAUUAUUGUAUUUAUGUUUAACUUUGUUUUUGUAUACCAAAAAAUUCAUAGAUUUAUACAUGCGUUAUUGUUAUCGAAGAAUUAUAUGACAGUUGUUGUUGAAAUAUCAUGUUGAACAAAAAAGAAAAGGGAACUUUAAUAAAUCGAUUAUAAAAACUUUUUGGAAGAUUUUA